GCCACUGUGAGCUUUCCCCUGCUGUCUCACCGCCCUUGUCCCAGCGGUGCCUUGGUGGUUCCGCCACACCGUUCUAUCUUGCCAUGGAUGAAUAUCCAUUGUCACUCCCUGGAAAUUCACCUUCUAUGCCAAAUGUACAAGCCCCUCAAUCCCAAUAUGAUUCUAUUGAGGCUGAUGGCCAAUCUGAAAUUGUUAAUGUUCCAAUUGAUGUUGAGGAUGAUGAAGAUUACAAUUUGAGUGAUUUUUCUGAAUCUGAUGAUGAUAUAAAUGAAGAUUUUGGUAUGGAGGAUGAUGGAAUCAAUAAAGCAAUUGGGGGCAAGCAGCUUGAGGGAGUUUCAAAUGGUGAAGGAGACUCAGAUCAUGGGGAUAGUGAUGAGUUAAGGAGUGUAGAAGGGUCAUCUAAUGAUGAAGGGAAUUCAAGGCCUAGGUUCCCUGAGUUUAACUAGCGCAUUAGCAUGGAGAAUGUACAGUUAGUGAAGGAUCAAAAAUUUGCAUCACAUGUAGUCUUCAAGGAGGCACUAAAGGAGUGGUGUAUUAAAGAAAAACAUGAUUUUGAGUAUAAGCACAAUGAUAAG